UUCAAACUGCUAGGUUGGCAGGAGCAGGGACCGAGCAAUGGGAGCUCACCCCAUCGUGGGGAUUCGAACCACCGACCUUCUGAUCGGCAGGCCCUAGGCUCUGUGGUUUAACCCACAGCGCCACCCGCGUCCCUUGGUCUCACUGAGGGGCAGUAUUUCAAUAUAAGUAGGAAAACGAGAGUACCCCUAAACAUUUUUUUAGAAAAAAAGCACUGCCUGUACAGUAUCUGCUUCUAGGAUAUACCAUAAAUAAAAAUUAAGUUGAAAAUGUCAGGAGCAGUCAUUUUAAGCACUUAAUCAUGCCAAAUAUUUAAAGAUGGAUAAGCUGGCGGUAGGGAGCAUUACAAAAGUUUAUUUUAUGGGAUACUAGCAGCUCUGUAUCUGGCACUGCUCAGGAAUUCUAAGAAACCAAAAAAUCAGUGAAGUUUUUUAAUUGUUAGAAUCAGUAGUUUUGAAAAGUUCAGUCCACUAUCUUGAUUCAAAAUGGCAUGUCUUAUUCAGAAGGAAAAACCCUGUUGCGAAUAGGACUGCUGCCUAAUUUCCCAUGUGUGUGUUGCCUUUGCAUACCAAUUACUGUUUGUUCUUUAUUGAUUUUAAAUUAUGAACCACUAUGGGUUGCUUGGGCAGUAUAAAAAUGCCUAAAUAAGUAUUUCCACAUUUAACAUAGCAUUUUUAAUGGCUGACCUAUGUUCUUCACUAUGUUUUUAAAUCUAUUUUUGUUGUAUAUUGCUGUAAUUUUAUUCUCCCCCUCUCCAUGUUAGUUUAAGCUGCUUUGAACGCAUGCAGUACUGGAAAAGUGGGGUAUAUUUUAAAUCAAUUGGAUUAUUUAAUCUCUUAACUGAGACACACAGCUCAUUAUUUGGUACUUUUAAAAGUAUAGGCUCUUUUUAAAGUACAUAUUGGAGAUUUAAAUAAUUAUAAAUAAUUAGCUAAUGUUUUAAUCCUAUUCAGAAUGGUGUCCCGCUUUUUAUUGUGCUAGUCACGAUGACUGGCGGUAGCCUUUUAAUAUACGGAUUUGGAUUUUUAAUUCCCUUUAAAAAAAAAGGGAAAGGAAACGUAGUUAGAGCUGAAAAGCAAGGGCUAUUAUGAGGAGAAAUUUGUUGAGGCACAGCAAAGUCAUCCAUCUCCCCUCUCACUGAGGUAAAACAGCCGUCUCUCCCAAUAGCCAAUCAGCGCGGAAGAAACUUCGCCUCAACGGUCCCCCCAAAGCGCGAGACCGGCGACCGAAGAUUGAACCGGGGCACUCUGAGGGCUACACCGCGCACGCGCCAUCCUCUGCCUCUCAUCAUAAUCAAGGUCUUCCACACUUUCCCGCCUUUCCUCCGCUUUAAAUUCUCCUCUUCCCUCCCCGCCUUCUAAAGCUUAGGCCACCAACCCCUCUUCGGCGCACGCGCUCCGGAAGCCCCUUUACCCCUACCUUCCGCCCUCUUCACUACCCACAUUCCGAGCCACGCGUGCGCGGCCACGCCCCUCCCCUCUCUUCUUUAGAUGCUUCCCACCUCCACGCUGUGCGUCAGGUGCCGUUUGGUUGUCUCUUUCUUCCCCGCCGUUUGGGGCACUGCGCAGGCGCAGUAGGGGAAUAACAGCCCCCCCCCGCCUCUUAUCACAUUCGCCCCCCCCCCCGGCUUUACGGAUAUCUUGAGGAGACUGUAGGGGGGCUCGUUGUCGUCAUCGCCAUGGGAGUGAGUAAGGCCUAGAUUCCUCCCGGGGUGGGGGGGAGCGGGAAGGGAAGGGGGGGUCAAGAUUUUUUUGGGGGGUGAAAUGGGGGGGCGCUAUUCUGUGGGUGGAAAGUUUUGUGUUGGGUAGGGAGAAAAAAAUAAAGGGGAAAUCCGGAGGAGGGGGGUCAGUGUGGGGGUACCAAAGGAAUAAUAACGGGGGGAGAGCUGGGGGCGUAAUGGGAAGUUUGCUGCUGGAAGAAGUGGGGCAAAGGCUUAGGGAUUGGUAUUUGAGAUACUAAAGUAGUUCAUGGAAAAAUGAGUGGGGCGGGGGUUCCUGACCCCCCUACAGGCAGGUUGGUAGUGGUAGGAUUAGGAGACUUGGGGAGGGGGAUGCCAAGUUUAGAGGAAGGAAAGUAAAUGGGGGACACCUGUAGGGGUGUAAUAAGGCAACUAAGCAGGGAGAAGUUAGGUUUAAUGGGGGGGCGAGGAUUAAAAUAGACGGUGGAAAGUGGGAUAAAUUGACGGUAUUGGUGGUAUUAAAGUAAUUUGGGAGGGGCAGGAAUUAGGGGGGCGCUUUCAGUUAAUGACACCCUAACACAGGCUGGGGGGUAAAUCAGGGAGGGAAAGACUGGCUUGGAGAGGUGAAAGCAAGUUGGAAAAACAUGUAUUAUGCAGAGGAAUAUUUGGAGGAGUGGGGUAGUGGGGAGAAAGGAAAGUUUGAUGUGGGCAGGAAAAUGAAAAAGUAAGAGGGAAAUCCAGGCUGCAGCAGAGAGGAGGAGGAGACAGGGGGUGUUAAGAUAAUGAUGAUGGGAUGGGAAGGCGUGGGGUCAGGUUGUGGGGUUUUGAAAUGGGAAGAUAUAAGGGGAGAUAAAAAGUUUUGUAUUGGAAGGAGGUGUGAAUGGGGUUAGGGCUGUGGUGGAUGGGUGUGUUUUAGGCCACUUUCUCAACCUGGUGCCUUCCAACUGUUUUGGAUUACAACACCCAUCAGACAUGCUGGCUUGACUGAUAGCACCUGAGAGUCCAAAACAGAGGGGGAAGACUGGUUUGAAGUAGGGUUUAGGAUGGGGGGCAGAGAUAUGUGGCCUUGGUGGGUUCAAUUUACAGGGUGGAAGUAAUGGAUAAUCGCAGAACUGAAAAGGUUAAAUAUUUGGAAGGUUAGGAUCAAUUGUCAUGGGCAGAAAUAUUUGGGAUGGAAGAACAAUAGUGGGGGUUGUCAGGCAGUUCAGCCCUAUGACAAUGCCCACAUUCUUUUAAAUCACAUUUACUUUUUAUUUGAAGAGGUUUUUAUGUUUAAAGCAGAACAAAUAAUUAAAGACUUGUGUUUUGUUAACAUACAUCAUUCUCCAUGGAGAUCUGAAGAGAGCACCCAUGCUAAUAAAAAGGGUUUCCUUUUUAACCCAGUUCAGUCCUCACACCUUUGCGUACUUCUAAAAUCUAGAUGGCAUUGGAGGUGCUUCAAGUUAGGAAAUUGAAGUAGCCUUGACAUUUGUUUGCCUUGCUGAUAGGAAUGGUUUUUCUUUCCCUUUCUAUAACUGGAUGAUCCUAGGUGUCUGGAACUCAGGGGCAGGGUGGGCUAUAUGUUAACCCAUGAAGCAUCAGUAUGAUUUUUAGAAAUUUAAAUCAGUUUUUUAGAUGCGAAGUGUUGGCAGGUGUACUUUGUCAUUGUGGGAGAAGCUGCAGUUAUUGGAAUUCUCCUAGCCUGCUCAGCCCUUAAAGGUACAAGCACCUUCUCUCAAAACGUGUCAUAGGUCAAGCUUGUCAGUCACCACUUGCCUGUUUCCCAGGGGUGCGCAAGAACUGCCUUCAGACAGCUUGACACAAACACUUCCAUAAAGUGGAAGAAGCCUAUUUACCUUUCUUGCUGUAGAUGUGCCACAAAUAACAUUUAACAAUAUGUCAUUCACAUACGUAGACUGCAAGGCAGAAGCAGGCAAAGAAGGGUUCAUAAAAUUAUCUCUUCCAAGCAAGCUAAAGAACCCCAUCUUCCAACAUAACAGAGUAGCACCUGCAAGGAAAAAAUAUAUAUUUAUUGCAGGUGCAUGCCUGUUCAGGCCAGGAGAUACACACCAUCUAUCCUUUUCUAUUGUUUUGGAAGUUGCUUCAGGUCUUGCUUGUGCCAGGAAGAUGCAGGCACAGCAUUCUGCUCCCAUCUGCUGGCAGUCUUCCUGCCCCACAUUCUCCCUGCUCCGACUGAACUAGCUUCCCAGCCAAUUUCACGUAGGGGGUGGGGGAAGAAGGAUGUCCUUGCUUGAACUUUAGCAAGGGUGGAAGGGUUGCAUUGAGGUUAGGCACAUGUUUUUGGCUCAGAACCUCUUGUAUUCACUGACUCACCAGCCUGGCAAAACUUAACAACACUUCGUAAGUGAGUUUCAUUUUCUCCCUUUUUUCAUAAAAUGGUGAUUGUAUCCAGUGUUAGUCCUAUUUAGAGUAGACCUAUUAAAAUUAAUGAAUAUAAGGUAAGUCAUGUUUGUUAACUUCAAUGGAUCUAUUCUGAGCUGGACUAGCACUGGACGCAACUUGGUAUUUCCAAGUCAGAUAUGAACUGGCUCUUGGGACUGUAGGUGGAAAAACGAAUGUAGGAUAGAAAGCUGUUUCUCUAGGAAGCCUGGGUCCUGUCUCUUUAGCACAAAAGUAGGCUGCAUGCCCUCCAGGUUUUGCUUAGCUACAACUCCCAUCAUUUCUGACCGCUGGCUAUCCUAGUUGGGGCUGAUGGAAGUUCUAUUUCAAAACCUCUAGAAGGUACCCCACUGGCUACACUUCUUCUAGGAUUUUAUAUUCCCUGUUGCUCUCAAAGCCUGCAUCAUAACCUCACCCACACCCUGGACAGGAAAAAUCGUGAUAUGAGAGGAGAAAUGUAACAAAUGAAAAAACCCUCUGUCACCCAUGAGCUGCAAGUUCUUAGCAUUUCCCUGUGUUCCCUAGCACUGCUCUUGCCAAAAGGGUGUUUUUGUGUGUGUGUGUGUGUGUGUGUGUGUGUGUUUAAACCUGCAAGCUUUAAUUGGCUGAAGUGGUCAAUUAAUCCACAAGGUUUAGUUGAAGCAGUGAGGGGCAAUAUUAAUAUUUUGCUUUGUUGCUCUACUAGAAAUAGUUUUCCCUGUUUGGCAGCAUCAUUUGGUUUGGCAUAAUCCUUAGGUUGCCAGUGUUUCAUAGAACAUAGGAGCCGAGGUAGCUGCCUUAAACUGAGCCAGGCCAUUCUGCCUGUCUCACUUAGUAUUGUCUGCACCAGGAAUUCUCAAACUGGUCCACGAGCUGCAUUUAGGUGGUCUGUGGAGUGUCUGUGGAUUUGUAGUCAAUGACAGAAACCACAUGUGCAUUGUGUUACAUAUUCACAUUGCUUUGUAAUAGUAUUUCAAUAGCUUUUUAUAUCUUGCAUUGUUUUACACUUCGGAUUCUGUGGAAUACAAUAAAACAAUAUAUAAGAAAUAAAAGAAGCAGUUAAAAAUACACUGUGCUAGAUGCUGUAUGAUUUUUUUAUUGUAUUUUUAUUGCCACCAAUAAAAUUGGGAACCACUGCUCUACACUGACUGACAGUGUGGCUCUAGGAUUACAGUCAGGAGUCUCCCAGCCCUGAAGAGCAGAUGCUGGGAGAUACCUGGAGAGGCUGUGGAGUGAACUUUCGUAGUCCAUGUAGGGGAAGCCACGCUUAAGGCUAUAUACUGAGUACAACUCGGCUGCAUUUACAUGUUGUGCCUUGUUCUAACAUCUCAGCCCUUCUUCUUUCAGAGGAAAUCAAGUAAAGGCAAGGAGAAGAAACAGAAACGACUGGAGGAGCGAGCAGCAAGGGAUGCCAUCUGUGCCAAGGUGGAAGCUGCAAAUAAAGUGAGCUUUGUUUUCUCUUUCCCCUCGACAUGGAGACUGAGCCUGGUAUAGUGGCAGUAGAGCAGCAGUGCCCUCCAGAUAGUUUGGACUGCAGCUACCAUCUUGCUUGACCAUUGGUAAUGCUGGCGAGGGCUGAUGGGAGUUGUCCAAAACAUUAGGAGUCCACCAGUUGGGGAAGUCUGGAUUCAAAGGUUAGAUUCGGGUUAAAGAGACCCAGGUUCAAAUUUCCACUUGGUUGUGGAAAUUCCCUCAGUGGCCUGGACCCAGUUUGCUUGUUUCUGUGCAGCACCAGCCAGUUAACACUGUCUGUCACUGCUGCCAAGAUGUUGCUGCUGAAUGUCAGAGACCACUCAUUAUAACUUAUCCGCUGUUUGCUGUUCCAAAAUUUCUUGGACAGUAUAUGCAAAUAAACAGAAAGAAGUGGUUUAAAACCCCCCAACUCUAAACACUUUCUCUCCUCCCCACUUGGAAUUUAUGGUGGGCUAAAAGCGAGAGAGAGAGCACUUUUCCCAAAGUGAACACUUUAAAUGUUAAAAGCCCCUGAAAAAGUAUCUCUUUGCUUGACUGCACUGCAGACAUCUAUCUCUUCCUAUCUUUAGUAUACUCUCUUUCUUUCCAUAGUUGGGAGACCCCUUAGAAGCCUUCCCAGUGUUCAAGAAAUAUGACAGAAAUGGGUGAGUAGAAGUUCUCUGCUCGUUGAGGCUAGAGGGAUUUGAACCCAGGUCUUCUUGGUCAAAGCCUUAGCACAGGCGUUGAGACUGUGUGUGUGUGUGUGUGUGUGUGUGUGGAAAGCCAUGAAACGCUGCUGCUCCGUCUGGUAUUGCAUGCUUCUUGCUCCUGGGACUCAGCUACAAAGUGGACUUCUAUUUAUGUAUAUUGAAACCUAAUGGCUUCCGUUUCCUUUCUCUCUUUGCAGGUUAAAUGUCUCCAUUGACUGCAAACGAGUUUCCAGCUUGGACCCGACCACACUCGACUGGGCUUUUGAACUAACCAAAACAAACAUGCAGACCUUGUAAGGCCCAAGGGGGACACUUGGGGGUAGUGGGUGGCGGUGGGGAGCAAUUGCCAGCUGUAGUGGGGAUGUGCAAGAGCAGGGGGGAUGACUCCCUUUCUUUCCCGUCCCCCAAAAGUCGUAUCUCCGCAAAAAAAAAAAAAGCAUUGUGCUCCAGAUAUUAGAGAGCUACUGCAAGUCGGAAUAGGCAAUCCUGGGGUAGAUGGAUCAAGGGCUUGACUCAGUAUUCUGUGUUUCAGAGAUUCCCAACAGAGGCUGCUGUUUUGUUAGUAAGGAUGAACAGUUUUUCACAACUUUUUCUCUGUAAGGGAUUCGAGGAAGGAAGAAAGUAGAACGGAUUGCAGAACCUAUCAGGCAAUUGCAUUGCUAGCUGUCACAAAGAUCUUGCAAUUGUCUUGUAAACCAGCUUCUUGCCCCUCUGAUGGCUAAUAGAGUUGGGUCCGCUUUGCAGAGGUUGUUAGGUAGCCAUCCAGAGGUGCUGCUCAAAGCCCAGGUGGAGAAGGGGAACGGGUCCCGAACGUGCUCCGGUACCCAAGAGAUUCCCUCCCUCUCCUAGGCAGCAAUGCAGGCUGCUUCUUAUGGUGAGUACUAUCUCCAGGUGGCUGAGCUCUCCCCUAAGGAGAGGGUGUGAAGCGAUUGGUUUUUAUGCUCUCUUCCUCUCCGCAGGUAUGAGCAGAGCGAGUGGGGCUGGAAAGACCGGGAGAAACGAGAUGAGAUGUCAGAUGACCGUGCUUGGUACCUAAUCGCUCUGGAUGACGGCUCCCUUCCCGUGGCUUUCUCACACUUCCGCUUUGAUGUGGAGUGCGGGGAUGAGGUCCUCUAUUGGUACGUCUCCUGCUAGGCACGUUCAUAUUUAUUUUCAGAAUCUGCCCUCAGAUUCUGCACUUGGGGAGGGCCAGGUGGAUCAUAGCAGAGUGGAAGGAUGCACACAAGUCAAACCUGCUACAAAAUUUUGCAGGGUACAGGAAGGGGGAUGUGGGAAGUGGAAGCUUAUUGAUAUCCUGUAUCAGCCCAGCUAUAUAAUUGGGGACAGAAAGCUUCCUUUAUUGUGUAAAUCACUGCUGUUUCGAUAACUAACACACAAAAUGUAAGAAUGGAUUUAGACACUAGGAGGGAAUAUAUUGUUUAGUUAUUACUGCUUCCUUGCUCCCAUUAGUGAGAUCAGCACAGUACCAUCCUUUGCAGCUUAAACUUGGAAGCUAAGACAAGAUUGAUUUAACUUCUUGAAACAAUAAUCCAGAAUGCUUUAAGGCGGGCUGUAUUUUCCCUGGAAUUACCUACCCUUUUGCCCCCUCUUAAAAUAACAAUCACACACACAUUGUUUUGUGAAGAAAUGAAUGUAGUAAUUAGUUACAUAAUCUAGGCUUUGAAUCAUCAGUGACAGUAGCAAGAUCAUCAGCAAAACUACCAUCUGAGUUACAAAAGCACAACAUGUAAGUUCAAAAAUGGCGAGUUCAGAGUGCAGAGUUCAGACAUGUAUGUGUGGCCAGCUUGGAAGCAUAAUGAAGAAAGAGGAGUCUGCCCCAAGGAGGAAGGAAGUGCAUAGUGUUACAGCUUCCUGUCAAAGGCAGACAAAGGAAGAAAUCUCACAGAGCUUUCUGUAGCAAAUUUUACAGGAAAGCCCUGUGAGCCUCAGCUCUGUCACGUUCCCAUCUGGCAAAGCACAAAUUGUUGGGUUGACUGCAGUAGUGUCCCACACAAAAAAAGUUAGAGUGUGGAGUGCUCUUGUUCAGUGUGCAGGCCAGCCGUGCCCUCUUUCAGGUUGUUCCUUUCCAUUCUGCACCCAUCCAUCCAACAUUCCUAUGUUCCUUGGCUAGUUGAUCCUCAUUCAGCUGUUUGGGGAUUUAUUCAUUUUAGUCUCUUAAACUUGUCCCUAAAGACUCCUAAAAAAACCUUGGGUUUCCCUGAGGAUGCUGAUAACUCCAAGCUUGGUAUAUACCAUCCUUCUCCAUGCUGCUUCCCUUUAGAUGUUGUUGGACUACAGCUCCUAUCACCCUACAUCACUUGUCACACUGGUUGGGCCUAGUGAGAGUUAUAUUAAAAAAUGCCUGGCGGUCAUCUGGUUGUGGAUGACCAUAUGAUGCAUUCAGUCCCCAGCAUCUUCCAGCUUCAAGGUCAGGUAGCAGGUGACGGGAGACACCUUUCUCUGCCUUGGACAGCUUCUGGUGUAGCCUUGCCUGGUAUAAGACAGCUUCCUAUGUUCUGAACAGAAGCACAUAAAGAACAGUCCUGCUGAAUCAAGUCAGUGGUCCAUCUAGUCCAGCUUCCUGUUCUCACAGUGGCCAACAAUUCCCAUGGGAAGCCCACAAGCAAGACUCGAGUGCAAGAGCACCUUUCUGCCCCGUGGUUUCCCGAAACUGGUAAUCAGAAAGACAUUGCCUCCAACUAUGAAGCAUGGCCUUCAAAGCCUUAUCUUCCAUGAAAAUCCGCACAGAUUUGUUGUUUGAUUUAUGUGUGUAAACUGCUGUGUUUAUUCCAGGUGCAAAAUCUGAAGGGCUGUGUUUUUGCAGCUGCCAAAGUGGUGGAAGAGAAGGGGUGAAUGCAACAUUACAAAUCAGUUGUGGCUUAAAUAAUCAUUGUUUAGUGCUUAUAUAGUUCUAUUUUCCUUUUCCUCUGCAAGUUUGAAAGCCAUUUGCAUCCAUUAUGUCAUCUGAAGCUGUGGGGAAAGACUGAAUGGGGGUGGGGGUGGAAUUUUGCAGCUCAGGGCAGCGAUGUUUGUGGAAGGAUUUCAAGGCCUGGAUGUUCUUUAAUAGCAUGUUGAAGCUCACCCUUUCCUCAACUCCUCAGCUACGAAGUACAGCUGGAAAGCAAAGUGAGAAGGAAAGGUCUUGGCAAAUUUCUCAUACAGAUCCUACAGCUCGUGGCGAACAGGUAAGUGCACUAUUUUUUCCUCUUCCUCUGAAUUACAAUUCUCUCUAGCUGUCUGAAGCUGCAGUCCUAAACAUGCCCACUUGGAGUCGCUAAUCUCUCCCCAUUAAAAAAACCCUAACAAACCCUGAAUAUCUUGAUACCAAGGAUUGACAUAGAAUGGCCUGGGUUGCAUGGCCACCCUAACUAUGGAUUACCAGGUUCAUGCAAGCAUAAGCAUAAGCAUAAGACGUAAGCUUGCUGCUGCUUUGCUUGUCCCUGCUCUUUUUUUACUGCCACUCCAAGGUUUGGCUUAGUGUGUUAUCUGAACUGGGUCUCAAGCUUAGUGAGAGGAGAGAGCUUAACCUUGAGCUGUUGCCAGGGUUUGUGCUCAAAACGACUGGGGAGAAGAAAAGCAGCUGUGAGCAUUGCUCAGGGAGCCUGCACAGUUCCUGGUAAGCCAUGGUUUGAACUUGCUGUGCUGUUGUAUGAACCAGGCCAGUGUGAAUUCAGAUGGUUCUGUUUUUAACCUCUUAACCAUAUCCAACUAAAUUCUACCCAGCUGAAAUUCAUGAUCCUAAAUUACUCCUGUCUAUUAACUUCAGUGGAUCUACUCUGUGUAGAACUAGCAUUGUAUACAACCCUCUGCAGGUUUUGUGUAUCAAGUUAGGCAUUUUUAUUUUGCUUGCAUUAAAAUAAAAUAAAAAGCACACUGCAAAGAAUUUAGCGUGGACCAGAACUGGAGCCUUCUGAAGACCUUGGGUGAAGAGAGAAAUUUCUGAGCAGCACCCUUCCCUAAAUCUUCAACAAUCCCUUCUGACACCUUUUUGAGCUUCCUUUGGUAGUUGUAAAGACUAGUGUUGGGAUAGGGAAACCUGUGGCCCUCCAAAUGUUGCUGGACUCCAGCUCCCAUCAGCCCCAUCAGAGAUUAUGGGGGUUGGAGUUCAACAACAUCUGCAGGACCACAGAUUUCCCAUCCCUAGGCUCCAAUCUUGCUUUAAUAUAAUCAUCGGCAUCAUCUGAUUUGCACAUAACAGGUGUGUGAGCACGCAAGAUAAUUGCUUCCAGAUGAACAUGCAGCUAUAAACUGCUGUCGUGCUAGCUAGCUUGCUGUGCUCUUUGAAAAUGUCUGGAUUUUAAAACCUAGGGUUGUAUCCAGUGAAGUCCUACUGUGAGUAGGCACACUGAAAUGAGUAAACCAAAGUUGAUCAAGUCCAUUCUUUUGAAUGAGCCCUACUCAGAGUAGACCAUCAUUGGGUACAGUCAUUAGAUUAUGCUCUCUGUUUUAAUUAGUACUGUGUUAGCUCUGCUAAAACUUGGCAGUUGUCUGGAGGAUCCAAUUCUAUACCAAAUGCACUUUCAAACUUUGGGUUAAGAGAAGAUGGCCAUCCCCAAAUAUACAGAAACGUGUGUGUAUUUAUUUGAUAAUUUCAAUUUUUACAUGGGAUUGGAACUAAUUUAAAUUAGACUACUGUGAAAGUGCAAGGAGCUUUGUUUGGCUUUUGCUUUCUUUCUUGUGACCUCAUCCCAAGCUGACCUUGUCUUCUCCCUGGCUCUUAGUACACAGAUGAAGAAAGUCAUGUUAACAGUAUUUAAACACAAUCAUGGGGCCUACCAGUUCUUCAGAGAAGCGUUACAGUAAGAUUUCAUUUACUUCUUUUUUGCUCACCUGAAGUAGAGACCAGAAGAAGAUGGGUUUGGGGAGAUGCCCUUCUCCUACCCUUGUGAUAGUUGGCUAUUUGACUGUCUUUGGCCAGGGAUGGGGAGCAUGUGGUCCUUCAGAUGUUCCCUGAUCUCUGGCCAUGCUGGCUGGGGUUGAUGGGAGUUGGAGUCCAACAAAAUGUAGAGGGCCAGUGGUUCCCUGUCCCUCUCUGAGCAAAGGGCACAGAGCCCUUUUCAGAACAAUAUUCCUUGAUGGCUAACCUUCUGGGAGACCACAUGCCAGAGGUGGGUGGGGCCACAGCAAAGUGGGUGCGCCCAUAUAUAUCCUAUACAUCCACACACCUAGUCCUUCCCUUCCCAGCUACAAUCUCCAGGCAGAUCAUCCAUUUUUCCUGCUUCCUUUCCCCCUUCAACAAUGGAAAGAAAGCUCCCACUGGUUCCAGUAGAAGGCUCCCCCCCCCCAGUCUAAUUGCUGGGUGGAGAUGAGGCCAGGAGAGGAGGCCUUGCAGGUCCGAGGUUCCCCACACCUUUCUUAGGCCAAGGGCGGCAGGCACUGUUCCAACAAUAGCACAAGCUACCGAAUAACUACAGCUUCCCACAAGAUACUCUGAUGGCCUGGACCAACUUGGAAAGCUUUGAAACGGGACUAGAGCAAUUCAUGGAAUAUAAGGCUAUUAAUCACAGUCUUCCCUCCACUGUCAGAGGCAGUAUGCCUAUGAAAAUCUUUUGUUGGGGACCGCAAGUGGGGAGAGUUGCUGUUGUUCUCUGAUCCUGAUCACAGGCUCCCCUUUGGGACAUCUGCUUGGUUACUGUAAAACAAGGAACCUGGGCCUUUGGUCUGGUCAGCAGGGCUUUCCUCACAUAUUUUCUUUUCUUCUGAUGCUGCCCUGUUUCUACAAACAGACUCUUCAUGCAAUCAGUUGCUUGUGGAGACCACACCAAGGGGCCAGGCCAGCUCCAGUUGCACAGAUGUGGCUGCAUUUUAAGCAUUGAUGCAAAUGCCACCUGACACUUUCCUCUAUCUCCUCUCCUCCUCCUUCACUACAACUACUUCUGCCCCUGCAGGUUUGAAAUUGAUGAUACCUCACCCAGCAUGUCUGGCUGCUGCGGGGAUGACUGCUCUUACGAGAUCCUCAGCCGGAGAACAAAGUUUGGCGAGAGCCAGCACGCUCACCUGGGUGGUCACUGCGGAGGCUGCUGCCAUUGAGGUUGUCCUUCACUCCUGAGAAAGAACCCGGCUCUCUCCACACAACCCUGCCAUUCUCUUUGGUUUCCAUUGCCUGAUCCUGCCCCCCACCUCCCCACUUCCUCCAUUUCUUGGUACACCCCCAAGCCAGGACAAACAAGACUCCUUUAUUGCAUCCUGAAUCCCAGGAUGGAAGAUCUUCCUCCGUACGGGAGGCUCUGGGAACCAAAGUCAUGCCUAAGUCUCAGACCUAGUGCUAGAUCUUGCAUACUUACAGUCUUGAUCCGAAGGCAUGAAUCUGGGCAGCAGGGUUUGCUUGCUUAUUUGUUAAGCCCAUGCUGCUGCAGUGAAGAAAUAGUUAAUUCCCCAAGUGAAUGGUGGGGAUAGCUCUCUCCCUCCAAGCUGAAGAGGUGCAGGGAGUGAGUUUUACAGAAUCCUUAUUGGAGUAGCAGAUCUAGAAACGUGACCUUUCCUCACCUGCAUUGAUCUGUGCCUCUCCUUUCUUCGGUCGUUACAUUGGACUGCUGUUUUGCCACAAAACUGCAAUGUGUAUCUAAUUGGAUGUGGUCCCCUGCAUGGGCUACCUGGGGAAACCUUGCCUGACUCCAUCCUGUUGCUUGGAUUUCUCCUGGGUGUAUGUUGCAGCCACCUGUUGUUUUUUGGUUGAUGGGGGGAGAGGGGAGGGGAGGAGAAACGAUUUGUACAGGUUUUAGAAUCAUACCCUGAUUAAUGUUCUGCAUUGAUCAUGCCUGGAGCACUUCCCUUUUGUUUAUACGUGGGGGGUGGGGGAAAUAUUGAUGCAGAUGUACUGCUUGUGCAGUUUGCUGCUGGCGAGUCCCGUAUGGCUGUGUCCUUAGAGGACCUUAGAAGCCAAAUCAAGCUAUCAGUGACCUACACAAGUGACUUUCUGCGCACAGACACACCACCUGGAGAAAACUUGCAAGAGUUCGAAGCAAUGAUAACUGAAUUUGCUAUUCCUGUGUCCAAAAGGCUGAGUUGAAGGAAGCGUGCAAGAGAUCCCCCCCCCCCAAAAAAUGCUAUUAACAUUUUUGGUUGUUCAGGGCCCUUCACCCUUUUGAGUCUUUGGGAAACAGGCAGCUCUGGCAUUUCUGAAUCCUGUGUAGCGGGGUGAGUAACCUGUGGCCCCCCAGCUGCUAUUGGUUUCCAGCUCCCAUCAGCCCCAGCCAGCAUGGGCAGUGGUUGGGGAGGAUGAGAACUGGAGCCCAAACACCCGUCUUGAAAACUAUAGGUUCCUCAUCCCUGCUGUAUAUUAUGAAGCGAGGAUGUUCUGGUUUGGGUUUUUCUUUAAAGAUGUUCUUGAAUGCCUCGGCUUUGCAUUGAUGCUUCAUCAUCAGAAGGGACAGCCUUUGCCUUCAGUUAAUUAUCUUGAGUUGCAGCUUUUUAACACAGUGUAGUGUCAUUUCCCCAUCUUUGUGACAUGCUGUGCAGAAAUGACAUCUUACUCCCUUCUUGCCUCAGUGAGGUGUGUUGGUGUGUACAAGCUUCAUUUGAGGUGUUAAGAAUUGACCAGCCAGGUCCUCCUGCUGCAACUGUCAAUCACUGGCCUGGCCCUGCUCUUCUCACCAGGCUUCCUUAGGCUGCAACAUAGCAGCAGUUUUGGGAGGAGAGUGGCUGUUGGUUGCCAGGCAACCGCCAAUAGCUUUCGUGCGUCCCAAGUUCUGUCGUUGCAUGCUCUACCAGGCCCUGCUGACAACUGCCUGGGUAGUAUUUCCCAGUGUUGGUCCUCCUCUGCUGUAGCAAUGCUAGUGGUGCAAGUGAUCCAUCCCAUAACUCCCCUUUGCCCAAAAUGGAGCCUCUCGCACCAGCCGCACAACCUCAGGACCUCACUUCUGUCUCAGGGUGUGCCUCUUUGCCUUUUUCUGGUUCCCUCUGAAGGGAUGCAAAAUGGGUGCUCCUACUCUUCAGCCUUUAAAUGCCUGAACUCGGGGUGACCAGUGUGAGUGCCCCUCCCCCAGAUGUUGCUGGACUCCACCUCCCAUCAGCCACAGCCAGCAUGACCUACAAUCAGGGAGGAUCAUUCAGCAACAUCUGGAGAACACCAUGCUGGCUUUCUCUGGCCCCAAGCCUCUUUUUUAAGAAUUAAAAAUUGCCCUGCUACUUGAGUUGCAUCUUACCAAAUAGAUAGAUUGCUAGUGGUUUUUCCUCUCUUGGAAAUUGGAUCAUAACUCCACAAGUUCAUACUUAGAUUUUUGUAGAAAUGCAUUGUCUACAGCCAAGGAGUGAGUUGCAUGCAGGCUUUUGUGUGUGCAUGUGGAUCAUUCAGGCUGCAGAAUCAUUCAGGGCUGGAGCAGCGAUGGCCAACAUUGUGAGCAUCUGGGGAUCAGAUUUUCCAAGAUUGAUCUGCAGGCAGGGUACAAGUGGAUCUCAUCACUGUGUCUUCUCACUCCUGGCUGCAGAAUUGACAGGGACAAGAGUGCCUGCAUGGUGAGACAGACAGGCAAGCUGCAAGUCUCAGACUGUUUCUUAGUUUGCACCCCUUCCCCCUUGAGAAACUCUCUUUGCUUUCAGUUGUCAGCACUGGGGAAAGGCUCAUGGACCAGUGAUAACUUGAGAGCAUUGCAAGCACUGCUUUCAGUCAGUCUAACAGCCAUCUCCCUAUCCCUUUGUGGAAGUGAUGGAGACUCAGCCAGGAGACCUCUUCAUGAGCUUGGUGCCCGUUCUGCAACCUCUCAUUUAUCAAGGGACAGCUACAGCUACAGAAUAGGCAGCAGUGUGCCACAGACUCUAUGGCAGGGAUGAGGAGCAUGUGGCCCUCUGGAUUUGGUUGGACUCCAACUCCCAGCAGCUCCAGGUAUGCGUGGUCACUGGUCAGGGCUGGUGGGAGUUGUAGUCCAGUAACACAUGGAGGACCUCUAGUCAUGCUGUGCAGCGGUUUUGGGAUGUGGCACUGCCACUUCUCACCUCCCAGGAAAUGUGUGCCUUCUAGAUACAAAGUGAUGAAAAAGUGAAGUUGUGGUAGGGGGUCCAAAUGCCGCCUGUGGGGGAGGAUAGACUACUCAGGCAGGCUGGGUGCCCUAACUGAAGGGGCGCUCACUUUGCUGGGGGUAGUGCACAAUUUUGAGCACUUGCUGCUUCCAGAACACUUUGCUCCCCUGCAUGGGUUUAGCAUGUCUUUCUCCCAUGUGGCAGUAGGAGGCUCUUUAAUGCACUCUCCUGUUUGUGCAGGAACAUGCCGCCCUGGCCUAGGGCAACAAGAGACGCAGAAUUCAGCCUUGCAUGGCUGUCUUUAAUCUAAUCUGUUCCACUGUGAGCAGGACCAAGGCAAAGAGAGCUAUUCUGCUCCCCUCUCUUGGAUGGGGCAUCUACUCAUCUUAGCACUGUUCCCCCUGAAAGUUUGUGGAGUCAACUUCACUCUUUGGCAUGACCAUGUCAUCCUGGUCUCACUUAAUUGCCUGUAGCAGGAUGUAGAAACAAAUGGGCCUCAUUUAACACAAAACAAUCCCCUUUUUUGUUUAAAAAACAACCAUGUUCCUAAGAUAAGCCCCCCUGUUGCUUUUUUUUAAAUUAUUAACAUGGGAAAGUUGCUAUCGUGUUCAUUUUUGUUUUGUUUGUCAUGCUAGGGACAGUCUACGAAGCUUCUAGCUCUUUUGGACUUUUUGAACAGUAGAUAAGCUAACAGUUCUCUGGAUAUUACCUCCCUAUAGCAAAAAUCCAUUGAUAAUUGCAGUUUGCUAUAUUAACCUUUUGUUUUUGUUACCUUAUACGUGAAUCUCUUUCCGUAUUCCAAAGUAUCAAGAAAAGGUGGUUGAGUGUGGCUAACUCUCACUUGUAUUUUUAUUCCCCCCCGCCCCCCCAAAAUCUGGCAUGCUUUGUAAUAUUAAGUUGUAAACUCUGCACUGUAUACUUCUAUGUAUCUAGUGUCCUUUUUGCCCUCUUCUUUUGCCCUCUUUAUUUUGUGUUUUUUUUUGGGGGGGGGGUUGUCCCCCCAAAAGUUUUUAGAAUAAUUUUCUAUGGUAAUUACAUUUCUUGGCAAAUAUUUUCACCAGAAUCAAAGGGAACAAGCUGACUUUUUAAUUUUGGUAUUUGUUUUCUUCAUAUGUUUGAAAAUAAACAUUUUCUUCAGUCUCUAGCUGUGUGUGUUUCUCAAAUGUCUCAAGUGUGCAAAUCCUGGGAUGUUUGGAAGCAACCUGGCCCUUCCC